GCGCGGCCCCGGCGGAGAGCGGGACCGGAACGGGGACACCGGGACACACACGGGGACACCGGGACACACACGGGGACACCGGGACACACACCGGGACACACGGACACUGCGGCCCCGUCCCGCCGCCAUGGAGCACAGCCGGCAGCAGGAGGAGGAGGAGGAGGCAGAGGAGCGGACUGAGGGCUCGUGGUUGUGCCUGGCAGCCCAGGUGGAGAGCGGCUGCACGGACCUGGCUGAGUUCCCCACGCUGGAGGAAGGGCUGCUGUCCCCAGCUCAGGCUUCUCCUGGAGCUCCAGCCCCUGCCUCGCCACUGGAUCUCCAGGAGAGCCGCUUCUCCCCGUGCCUGCCCCUGCUGCUGAGCCCAGCGCGGGCUGAGACCUUCCUGCAGGGAUCCCAGAUGGAUUUCCUUCCCUUGAGAGGAAUCCCGGAUGUUUCUGGAGCAUCCCUGGAUCAUUCAGAGCCUUCCCACAUCCCUGGCAGCGCAGCCCUGAGGGGCCCAGCCCUUCCCAGUCCAUCCCAGCACUCCCAGUCCGUGGGACACGCAGAUCCUGGAGCUGAUUCCCAGAGCUCCCAGUCUGGGGAGCCGCUGGGCAGGGGGGACAGUGACACCGAGCAGGAGGGACCAGGGCCCCAGAGCAGGGGACAGCCAGCACAGGCAGCUCCAGAGGAGGGACUGGGAAAGGGACUGGGAAAGGGACUGGAGCAGCCCUGGAGCACGGCUGGGAAUGAUGGACACUCCUCUGGACACUGCUCUGGACACUCUGGACACCCCUCUGGACACCCCUCUGGACACCCCUCUGGACACUGCUCUGGACACCCCUCUGGACACUCUGGACACUCUGGACACCCCUCUGGACACUCUGGACACCCCUCUGGACACUCCUCUGGACACUCUGGACACCCCUCUGGACACCCCUCUGGACACCCCUCUGGACACUGCUCUGGACACCCCUCUGGACACUCUGGACACCCCUCUGGACACUCUGGACACCCCUCUGGACACCCCUCUGGACACUCUGGACACCCCUCUGGACACCCCUCUGGACACCCCUCUGGACACCCCUCUGGACACUCUGGACACUCUGGACACCCCUCUGGACACUCUGGACACUCUGGACACUCCUCUGGACGCUCCUCCCAGGGCAGUGAUGGCCCAGCUGCUGCCUCUGAGCUGUCAGAGAGGGACAGGGAGUCCCCAGGGCAGGAGGAGGAAUCCUCAUCCUCAGGAAACUCCUCCUAUAAAACCGCACUGACCAAAUUCUCAGAGAAAAGUGAAAGGGGGGCGUGGCAGGAAAAGGUAAAAGUGCUUGGGAGUGGAGUCCUGGAGAAGCAGGAAAAAGGAAAGAAGGUGCCUGAGCUUGGUUUGUGGAAUAAUUUCUGUGAUGGCUCGAGGAAAGACCCUUCUGGAAGGUGGGGAGCUGAGGGUGCUCCUUGUGCAGCAGCCCCUGAGCCAGGCCAGGGGCCGGGGCAGGAGGGGGGGCUGCAGCUGCCCGCUGGCCCCAGGGGCUGGGGGCUCACAGCUGCUCCCGAGGAGCUGCUCCCAGCAAUGCUGAGGCAGCCAGCAGCGAGGCUGGGCACAGAGGAGCCGGCUGUGCCCCCCAGCCAGCCCCAGGACACGGCUGGGGGCACCUCGGGGUGCCCUGGGCACUGGCCGGGGGGAGCAGAGCCCGCCGCAGGCAGCCAUGAGCUGACCGGCUCCGAGCUCUCCAUAGAGAGGGGACACAAAGUCACAGAGAUCUCCCCUUCCUUCAGCCUGGGAGCUGAGGGCUCCUUCUCCCUUCACCUGGCUCGUCCCAACUUCCAGUCCACCCCUGGGGUGUUCCUGGAGAAAAGCGGGAGGGCAGAAGGACGUGGAGUCCCGGCCAUCCCUGCGGAUCUUCGGGCCUCUCUUUCCCGUUCCGAUGAGGAAGCCUCGGGGGAGUCCCCUGCUCCUGGACCAGGGAGGGAAGAUCCUCCCCAGGGUGCAGUGGAAGAAGGCUGUGGACAUUUGGAAUCCCCAGGCUGUGGCAGGAUCCAGUCCUGCCCCUCGCUGGGUUUCCUGGAGAAGGUGGGAGCCUGGCACGUGAGCCAGCCGGAGCAGGUUCCUGACAGCUCAGGUGUCCCAGGAGCGCUUCCCCCUGCAAGGAAAGCCUCCAGCUCACUUCCCAGGGCUGCAAGCUGUAUUUUAGCAGGACAGAAGAGCCUUGGGGAUCCCAAGGACUGCGCUGCUCCCUCCUCCAGUGGGGCAGGUUCUCUGGACAGCUCGCAUUUCCCUCUCGAAAGCCUCCUGCUCGGUCCAGCUCGGGGCAGAUCCCGCUCUGACGCCUCCCUGAGCUCCUGCAGCAGGAGCAGAGCCUUGGCCAGAGCCAGCCCAGCCUGCAGGGAGAGCAGAACCUCAAGCACAGCCUCGUUCAGAACCAGCCCAGGCUGCAGUGAGGAGCCCCCAGGACACCCCAGCCCCACACUGGGACGCUCCCAGAGCUCCUCCAUGGGCUCCCUGGCACGGAGGGCUGGAGCUGGGCACGGUGGCACCAGGAGAAGCUCAGCCCCAGAUGUGUUUGUGUGCGGCCUUGCUCAGCUCCUUACAAAGGAUGAUGAGCACGAGGAUUGUGAGGAAAAGGAAAAUCAGUCCCUCAACCUGAAUAUUCCCACUGGACACGAUAUCGUGGAAAACUUUGGAGCCGUUUCCUUGGAGAGUUUGGAUUUUGCUGUCGGUUCUGGGGAGCCUCAGGGGGUCCCAGGCUCUGGUUUGGGCUCCCUGGUGGUGCCCAGGCCCUGCCCCAGUGCAGGAGAGAACAGCUCCAUCCCCCCUGGAGCAGCACUGCAGACUCCUGAGAAAGAAGAGUUGAAUAUUGAAGAAAGGAUUCCGAUCUACCUGCGGAACCUGGGCAUCGAGCAGUCCCCUGGCAGCAUCCUGGCGCCCUUCGUGCCCCGCAGGCCCCUGUGGGAGCUGGAGUUCUCCCCCUCGGAGCUCAGGAGCCUGCAGGAUCCUCUGGGCUGCCUGGCCAGGCUCCCCCCGCAGGCACAGGGUACUCUGCUGCCAGCCUUCGAGAUGUCCGAGGCCGGCUGUGGCAGGGCGGCAUCCCCGGGGAGCGUGUCCCUUCCCGGGGGCUCCCAGGCAGUGCUGUCCCCCCAGGAGCUGUCCAGGGAGCACCCAGAGAGCCAGGGCAGUGUGCUGUGUCCCCAGCCAGGGCUGGCUGUCCCCAUGUCCCCAGCCCAGGGUGUGGAGGGUUCUCCAGGAUCUGCUGGAGAAGAGCAGGACGUGCCCAGCUGCUCCUCGGGCAGGGACAGUGCUCGGAAUGGGGGGACAAGUGCCCAGGAUGGGGGGACAAGUGCUUGGGAUGGGGGGACAAGUGCUUGGGAUGGUGGGACAGGGAUGGGCUGCCGGGGCUUUGUCUGGAGCUGGGAAUGGAGUGGAAUUGGACAGAGGGUCCCAGAGGUGCAGCGGGGGAAGUGA